UCGUGUGGUGUCACUACGGUGAAAUUCAACCGAUAACUGGCAAAUGUGUAAACACGAGGAAUUUCAUUUUGGGACGAAUUGAGAUGGAGAAGAGCAAGUUACUUUGUCUCAUACUGAUUCUACUGCAAUGUCACGUACGACUACUCGACUCUUACAACGUGCCCUGUGCUUUCAACACGAUGUGUCUAUGCUGGAUACAGGAUGACGAGGAGUUUACGAAAAUGGACAUCAGUUGCCUUGGUGUACCAUUCGCACGUUUCCCAGACGUGUCGGUGAGUUAUGUUGCCCAGCUGGACAUCGUGAGCUCGGGAAUUCAGGUGUUGGAGAACGAUGCACUGGUGAGUUCCUCGGGGGUUGAGGCUCUCGGUCUCAUGAGCAAUCGUCUUGCGAGCAUCGGUGAGAAGUCUCUCGUCGGUGUAGCCAGUAGUCUCCGUUCCCUCGAUCUCAGCUACAAUUCACUGGAGGAGGUACCUUUCAAAGCACUGAGUCCUCUCAGGAAGUUGACUUGGUUGAAUAUGCAUAGCAAUCACCUGACAACUCUGGAUGGCGAUUGGGGCCACAUGUCGGAGACACUGACGAACGGUUUCUUCGGUGAUAAUAGCAUCGUGGAGAUCCCCCGUGUGUUGUCCCACUUUGUGAAUCUAGUCUGGCUGAAUUUGGAUGGCAAUGACAUUGAGGAUGUACCAUCGACAUCGCUCCCACCCAACAUACGGACAAUGAGCCUAAAUAACAAUUUAUUAUCAUCAUUUCCACUGAGUGUCGGUGAUUUACCAGUGCUGACGUGGUUGUAUCUGCGCGGGAAUUCAAUGAGAGUGCUCGAUUUACCGGAUUUCAGGAGUCCAGUGUUGGAAUUACUCGAUGUAUCCGACAAUAUCAUUGAGUCUGUGAGAUUUCUCACGUCGUCAAAUACAACGCUUCACAUAAAAGAUCUGAAUAUAUCGAGUAAUAAACUGUCAGUGAUACCGGCUGGUGCAUUUCAGUAUGUAGAGACACGGAGAAUGCAUUUGUCAUCGAACAACAUCACGUAUAUUGAUGACGAGGCAUUCCGGGGACUGGAGAAUAUUCUCGAGUACUUGAAUCUUGAGAACAAUGGCCUAUUACAUGUACCAAGUGCUCUUUCAAAGUUAAGAAAAAUAGCUUAUCUGUACCUGAAUAAUAACGAUAUUUAUAACAUCACGAGUGAUGGGUUUGGCUCGUUUGGGACUCAUUUGAGGGCACUAUCGCUGUCGAAUAAUCAUUUAGUGUCACUGCCGGUUGGAGCACUUGGAAAUUGCCGGAGUCUUCAGCAUCUUAAUCUUGGUUAUAAUAAGAUAACGCAUGUGUUUCCUGGGGAUUUUGAGUGGGCUAAGAAUCUUGAGAUACUGCUGCUGAGGAAUAAUGUGAUAGCUAAAUUAAAGUCAGGAACAUUCAAAGGGGCUAGCAGACUGAAAGAGCUCAGUCUGUCAUUCAAUCACUUGGCGGAAUUAGACAGUCGUGCUUUUAUGGGGAUCGAGGAGAGCCUCGAAAUUCUGGAAAUGAGUUUUGCUUUUGCUACUGAUGUUAUGCCAAAGGCGGCAUUGGCGACCCUGAAGAAUCUACUGUGGCUCGUUCUCGAUAAUAAUAAUUUUCAUGCCAUUGAUGCAGACACUUUUUACACAUUUCGCCAAUUGAGGUACGUCAAUCUGGAAUCAAAUAGAUUACAUUAUCUCCCGGAUAAGAUAUUUCAAGCUGAUGUACAUCAGGAGUUGCGCGAUGUUAAAUUUGGAUACAACUUUAUUGAGGCAAUACCCGAGGGAACAUUUCAAAAUCUCACGGAAUUGAGAUCGCUCGAUUUAACUGGCAACAGGAUCCAUCUCUUGUCUUCCGGAGUGAUUGAGAAUUGCUCAAAAUUAGUUACCAUCUCGUUGGCGUAUAAUAGAAUAUCGGUGAUGCAGAAAAGCGCACUACGUGGAUUGUCCAGUUUGAGAUUUCUCCAUCUCGAAUUUAAUGAUCUUACUGCACUAGAAUUGGAUGCUAUUGUUGACACCGGGGGCUCCGAAUUCUCCCUCAAUGCAUCGUUUAAUUCAAUCUCUACGAUUACUUACGAAUAUGAGAUGGUAAAUCUUACAAGUCUCGAUCUUGCCUGUAACAAUAUCACUCAAUUGGCUGGAAAUAUUUAUAACGGCCUGCCAAAUCUCAGAAGUCUAGACCUACGGGGCAACUACUUGACGACUGUACAUCCUGGUACAUUCGCCCUACUGCACCUGGAAACAUUGAAUUUGCGAGAGAAUCGUCUGGAGACUUUGAGAAAACAAGCCUUUCACGCUACCCCAUCCCUGCAAAUAUUGGACUUGAGCGGCAACAUUUUAUCCCAAUUAUCAACCGGACAAUUUCGUAAUUUGAGAAAUCUACGAAUCCUUAAUCUGUCAAAUAAUAAAAUCCGCUCAUUACCCCGUGACAUAUUCGAGGGAACUCGAGUCGAAUCACUGGAUCUAAGUGGAAACAGAAUAACCAUAAUACCAUCGUCAGCAUUUCUUGAGAUUGGAUACACACUUCGUGAUCUCAAUCUUGGUAAAAACUUCGUAGAGCAUCUCGAUGCCACAACAUUCCCCACAUCUCAGCUGAACUCUCUCAACCUCGCCAGUAAUCGACUCACGAUACUACCGGAUAAUUCAUUUGUAUCAUUAUCGAAAUUAAUGAGUCUAAACUUAUCGGCUAAUCACUUCCAAGCUAAUUUCAAGGAAUUGUUUCACUAUUUGCCGGCAUUGAGGCAUCUCUACAUGACGAAUUGUGGAUUUAGAAAAAUUCCUGUUCUUCCGCUGAUGAAUCUCAAUGUGCUCGACCUAUCGUUCAAUAAUAUAGAGGCUGUGACAACGCUCAAUGUACAGUACUUCGAGUCACUUAAAGUUCUCCUGCUAGUCAACAAUUCCUUGAUCAAAGUUCCGGACGUAAGGCUGACUCUUCUCCGGGAGUUGGAUUUAUCCGGAAAUCUUAUUGAGGAGUUAAGCAAAGACAGUUUCAUGGGCUAUCGACGUCUGGAAAAACUUGUUCUACGUAAACUGAAUCGAAUUAAGUGGGUGAAUAAUAAUAGUCUCCGUGUGUUACGCUAUCUGAAACACUUGAGAAUCCAAACUUGGCCACAGGCAGACCUUGACCUACGUAUUCUACUGAGUGAAUUGCAUCUACGUACCGUUGAGAUAGAGGUCACUGAGCCCAUCCUGAAGAAUCAAAUUCACAAUGCAUUCACUCGACGCUUGAGAGAGCUCACAAUAACGGGUCAAGAGCUCGAGGCAAUAUCACCUGAAGCAUUCUCAACUAUUGAAGGUGGUGAGCUUGUACUUAGGAUCAAGGGCACUCAUGUCAGACGCUUUCAGUCAGACAUUUUCUUGUCACUAGCGAGGAGAAUGUCACAAUUGACGCUCGAUCUCCGGGACAAUCACAUUAAUGAAUUGAGUCCAUCAGUUAUCUACGGUAAUUUAUCGUGGGAAACAGUGGGAACGAAUCUCGUUGCUGGUGGUCUACAAGUUUCGGGUAAUCCCCUCGAGUGUGACUGUGAAAUCGCCUGGCUGAGCCUAUGGCUACGUAGAUGGCUACGUGAAUCCCGUCAGAUUCAUACAGCAUCACAGUCGGAUGCCCGACAGUUGAGAAACAUUGCUGGUAGAGCAGUUUGCACUGAAACUACACCAUCUUACUCAUCUGACCGAGUUUUGCUCACCCUUGGGACACCGCAUACCGCAUGCCAAGCGUCAGCCCUCAGCUCAGGUCAUUAUCCCCGUUCGACAAAAUCCUACCUAUUUUUCAUUCUACUUUUUAUUAAAUUCAUCAUUCACUGUACCUAGCUGACACCAGCCAA